AUGAGUAGCACAGUUAAAGUCUACGGACCGGUUCCGCCACCAGUACAACUGAGACCACAACGACGACGACAACUACAACCACAACGACGACGACAACGACAACAACAACGACGACGACAACGACAACAACAACCACUACCACUACAGGCUGCAACACAUGUUAGUACUACUUAUUCUUGGAAUCAAACAGGCGUAGUUGUAGCCGACACUAAUUCUAAUCCAGUUUCGGAUCCAAGAUGUAUUUAUGUUGUAAGUGACGAUACAAUUUAUACUUGCGCUCACAGUCUUGGAUACGUUCAAAAAUGGGUCACAAAUACAACUAGUCGAACUGCAGUGACUACCAAUACUGGAGAUCACAUUGAUUAUAUUAGUUUUGACAAAGAUGGAUACAUGUAUACCAACGCCCAUGAUGCAAAUUUGGUGCGACGCUAUCCUCCCAAUUCUUCAACUGGUACUAUCGUUGCUGGAUCAGGCUCAUCUGUAAGUGGUAGUCUUAAUUAUCCAAAAGGUACUGCUGUAGACGAAAAUUUUACACUUUACAUUGCUGAUCGAGACAAUGAUCGAGUGGCAAAACUCGAACAAAAUGCAACUAGCGUUGUUACUGCGAUUAGUACCAGUGGCAUCAUUUCCAAACCAUCUGCACUUGUACUUUCAAUCUUCUCAUCAAAUCAAGUAUAUAUUAGCGAUGAAGAUGGCAAAGGUGUAUAUUUAUGGACAUUUGGUGCAUCAGCUCCGAGUGUAAAUCUGACUCAAGUCACUUGUAACGAUACUCUUGAUAAACCAAGAGGCAUCAAAUUGGAUACGAGUGGCAAUUUGUUCGUUGCUGAUCAUGACAAUAAACGAGUAGUCAUGUAUUGUGUCAACUCAACGAUGGGUACGGUCAUAUUAAGCCUUAGUGACGAACCAAGAGAUGUUGCUUUGGAUUCUGCUCAUAAUCUGUAUGUAAUCGUGGCUGGCGGCAAAGCAUACAAAUAUACAUUACUUUAA